AUGCUAUUCUCCUGCCCCGUGAGAAAGGUUAACAAGUUCAACAAGUGUGAGAGUAGGGCCAUCUGCGUUACAGACAUGUACGUCUACAAGCUGGACCCGAAAAAGAGCUUCAAGCUCAUGAAACAUGGCAUUCCCAUACAAGAGAUCACGGGCGUCAGCGUGACGCCGGGCACGGACUCUCUCGUCGCCAUCCACCUUCAGGGCGGAAACGACCUUGUAGUCUGCCUGACAGGGGUCAGCACCAGCAGCGGACAGAGCCGAGCGCCGGAGGUCGUUGGCGCGCUCGCUCAGCAGUGGUUCAAGAAGACGAGACGGCCGCUGAAGGUGCUCGUCAACAACAUGGUGCACUGCAUGCUGGGUAACAAGUCGCGAGCGAUCGGCGUGCAGCUCGCCAACGUUGCCGAGCCGAUCUUCAAGAAGGACGGCGACGACCUCGUGCUGCAGACUCCCAAUUAG